AUUGAGACUACUAUCGACCCCCUGUGGGCUGGAAAGUUGAACCACCACAUCUACCUUACAGUUCAACUUGAUCUCGCGUCUUGAACAUUUUCUGCUCUAUUUUCCUUGUAUUUGUCCCUCACCUCUUAAGACCCCCUCUUUCCCAUACUUGGGAUUACAUCACUAAUGCUACCCUCCUUGAGAUCAUUAUCGAACCACUGCAUUGAUUAUUUAUUUGAUUUGCUCACUCUAUGAUUUUUUUUUGUGACGCCAUGUGUGGCCUAAUCUCCACACAUGCUCCACAGUCCAUCGUCUCGCAUCAACCUCCGCCGCGCUUCUCUGAUACGCCAGCUGCGACUGCCACCACUUUCCCCAAUUACACUCGACCCAAUAAUUCUGUCCUUCGUCCACCCCUGUUGUCGAUUCCUCAACUUCAAUCUACAACCAUCUCCGCCCCCAGUUCGUCUCAAUCAACCCCCACCUCCACCUCAGAUUAUUCACCCAAACUCAACAAGCCUCUAACACCCACGCGGGAAAAGCGGCGCAAACUUCGCAGCACCCGUGCCGGCUCACCCGUCCCCGCCUCAAUCUCUUUCAAUGCUUCCGGUCUUCGUCCCAAAAACAAGCAGCCAUUCCGUAGUUCUCGAGUUCAGCAUCACAGUGAACCAUGCAGCGACGAUGAGGACUAUCAACCAUUAUUAUCUUUCCAACGCCUCAACCUGAAAUCAUCCAUGCCUCCCGUCCCACCCGCCAUCCCUCAAGAUCUCAUGUUUCCACCAUCUCAAUGCUCUUACGCCCAUACUCCAAUAGUAGAGCCCUCUUACACAACCCCUCGGGACACUCCAAACGAUACUUAUGCAUGUAUACGAACAGUCUCCAAUCCUUUCUCAGUCUCGAUCUCCUCACAACCUCCCGCUGGUUUCACGAAAUCAAUGCCGAGAUUAAAUCGACUCAACCGAUCCAGCAUAUCGUCAUCCCACGAUCCCCUAUCUUCAUGUCUAGAACUUAGAAAAACCGAGGAGCAGGAUAAAUGGUGGCAUUGGGCGAAAGUUUGUAAAGUCACUGGUGAUGGAAACAAAUCGUCUCAUUUGGCUCCUCUCCGCUGUCAGGAUCUCAAACGAAACUUUGAUGAUCAUCUCGACUGCGAUAACUAUCAAGAACCCAGUUUACGAAUUCAAACUAGACCAUUCAGUGAAUCUACAAUUGAACAACAAAAGUUCUAUUAUUCUGGUUAAUUUGUCUCGUCUUUUUGUGUGCCAAAUCUUCUUCCUCAUUUUUACUUUAUCAAAAACAUUAGACCCUAUAGAUCGUAUAAUUUUAAGCAUUCUCUCCAUUUGUCAUGUUCAUUUGUGCGCGUUCAUCAAUUAAAUUGAACACAAGAAGACUGUUGAACACAAGAAAUCUCUUGAAUCCAACAAAACUUGAUUAACUAGACAAUAUAUUAUUAGGGCUUCAAAUAUCACAUCUGAUGAGACAACAUA